AUCAACGACAAGGUGGCCAAGUAACGAGCGAUGCGUCUUUUCCUCCUCCUGCUCGCGGUCGUCCUCCCAGCGCUAGCCAGUACCAAACUGCAACGCGCUGCCCAGCUCUCGCGUUCCCCGCUCCCCCUGCCCAUCCCCGAACCGCUCCUCCGGACGCACAACCACGCCCGCCAAAUCAGCUCCUGUGGUGUGAACUGUACCUCUACCUCCGCGUGCGUGCCCGUAUGUUCCAGCCCAUCGGACGUAGCGACCAUCAACGCUACCUCCAUGUGCGGGUCGGCGGACGCACAGUGUCUCUGCACAGGGGGGGAUGCGCUCACCUACUCGUGUCUGCAGUGUCUUCUCCAGAGCGAGGAUAUUACUCCGGAGCAGUGGGAUGCCGUGUGUGCGGCGUAUAUGCCCGGUGGGACGACGACUAAGGGAGCAACGACGGCGAUCGCGACGGCUACGGCGGGCGCAGCGCAGGGGACUGCAAGUGCAGGGACAGCAUGCGUCAGUGCAUGCUCGAGCUCGUCAGACCAAGUCGGGUUAGCACAGAUCAUCGACUGCCCAACAGGGAGCACGACCUGUAUUUGUCAGGCAUCGUACACGUUCAGCAACGCCUGCCUAACGUGUACACUGCAGGCGACGGGUAUCUCCCCCGCUCAAUGGGCGAACGACUGUCAAAUCGCUACGGGGCUCGGGAUAGGAGGCACGAGUACGAGUACGACUAAGUUAGUAGCUGCUACGGCUACGGGGGCAGGGGGGACGCGUAUCACUAGCGGCGGGAGUGGGGAUGGGAGCACGAGUGGGAGUAGUACAGCGACCUUGCCAACCGGGGGAACGAGCAGCGCGGGCAGUAGGAUGGCUGGCGAUGGGCUGGGGCUGCUCUUCCUCGGAGGGCUGGGGCUGGGACUGGGACUGCUAGCUUGA